AUGCAGGGCUUACGCAAAGAUGAUUCUGAUGUUGAUCAAGCAGGCUGCACCCCUUCAUCAAAGGAAAAAAUGAGUGAGCAGGCUUGGAAUGUAUACAUGAUCAAAACUAUACCACAGAACUACCAAACGGGUGAUUGUGGUGUGUAUACGCUGAAGUAUAUCGAGUGUUUAGCACUAGGCCAUAGCUACGAUGGCUUGUGUGAUUCCAACAUGCCUGCUAUUCGUCUCAAACUUACAGCUGAGAUGAUGGACGAGUUACCAGAAGAUGAGAUUGUUCAGUUAUCCGAUCCAAACCCUCGUGGUCCAUCAGAUGAUAAGGUUCCUUUGCAGACGAAUUCUGUAAAGUGA